UUGUUAUCAAAUCAUUCAUUUCGAGAGGCUUUUCCUCGGAGAGGAGCAGACGUAAUGAAAUUUCUACCGAUAUUAAUAGUGGCCUGUGCGAUACUAGUCCCACUCGCAUGGGCUAGGUACGCUUCUGACCUGGAAAAUGUCGAAUAUUCACCAGGCAGCAAACUUUUGAGCAGGGUUCGCCGGCAAGGUUCCAGCAGUGACUCAUCCAGCGAUUCAUCUUCAGACUCAUCGAGCGCGUCAUCCUCAGACUCAAGCUCAGACUCAUCGAGUGAUUCAAGCUCAGCUUCAUCAAGUGAUUCGUCCUCAGACUCAUCGAGUGAUUCAAGCUCAGCUUCAUCAAGUGAUUCAUCCUCAGACUCAUCAAGCGAUUCGUCCUCAGAUUCGAGUUCAGACUCGAGCUCAGACUCAUCAAGUGAUUCAAGCUCAGAUUCGUCAAGUGAUUCAAGUACAGAUUCUUCAACCGAUUCAAGCUCAGAUUCAUCGACUGAUUCAAGUUCGGAUUCAUCAAGUGAUUCAAGUUCAGCCUCAUCAAGCGAUUCAUCCACAUCAUCCUCGGGGGAUUCAGGAUCAAGUAGUACCAGCGGGUCUGGUUCAACCGGAACCAGUACCAAGAAAAAGAUGAAAAUCAAAUUCAAGCAUAUACGUUUCCGUAAAAUACGCAUCCCAAGACGUAAGAGACGCCGACAUGGAGGAAGCAAGAAACGAAAGCACCGACCGAUCCGAAGAAGGGUGGUUCGACGUCGUGGCGGAAGACGGCGUAGUGGUGGAAGGCACGUAGUUUUCAGACCAGGGACAGGUGGGUUGCGAAGGAGGAAAAUGGGUGGCAAAUCAGCUGGCAAAAAGUAACUUAGGCGAUGGAAAUAAUAUGGGAAAUUGAUAAUUGGUAACAGGGAUUUGUAGAUUAGGUUUCGUAACUAAGGUGAAAAUAAAGAUGACAAUAUCAUCCUAAUAAAAUUAAGCAG